ACUUCGGGGUCGGGAAGUGGGCUUCCAGACGCGCGGUGCCCGGUGGUGGGACGGGCUGCUAACGCGGAAGGGCGGCGACCGUCCCCGUGCUCCCAGUCCCCCUCCCCGCCGCGGGUAAACAAACACUGGAGCGUGACUCGACACACACUUGAAAGCCGCCUCUUCCUGGCCUCCUCGUAAUCAGCGUUCUUUUCCUAACUGAUCCUCCGGCGGGGAACCGGGGCCGGAAGGGUUGGCGGCUGGUGGCGUGAUGGACCUGGCCGGGCUCCUGCUGGACGAAGAAGGUACCUUUUCCCUCACCGGCUUCCAGGACUUCACGUUCCUCCCGGGACACCAGAAGCUGAGUGCCAGAAUCCGAAGGAGGCUGUACUAUGGCUGGGACUGGGAGGCUGACUGCAGCCUGGAGGAGCUCUCCAGCCCCGUGGCAGACAUUGCUGUGGAACUGCUCCAAAAGGCAGCCCCCAGCCCUAUCCGAAGACUCCAGAAGAAAUAUGUAGCUCAUGUGUCCCGAGAGGCAUGCAUCUCCCCUUGUGCUAUGAUGCUAGCUCUGGUGUACAUUGAACGGCUCCGGCACCGAAACCCAGACUACUUGCAGCAUGUGUCAUCCUCUGACUUGUUUCUGAUCUCCAUGAUGGUGGCCAGUAAGUACUUGUAUGACGAAGGGGAGGAAGAGGAGGUCUUCAACGAUGAAUGGGGAGCUGCUGGUGGUGUGCCAGUGCCCACUCUUAAUGCCUUGGAAAGGGGCUUCCUGAGUGCCAUGGACUGGCAUCUCUACACAGACCCUCGAGAGAUAUUUGAGGUGCUGAGCUGGCUGGAGAGCUGUGUUGCUGAGCAUCAGGGGCGGCGGCGGGGCUGGUACACCUACACAGACCUGUGCGUGCUGUUGGAGCAGCCGACCUGGCAACUGGCUCUUAGCUUCCUCUGCCAGCGUCUGGUUAAGCUGUCCUGCCUGUUAGCCAUGGCGUACGUGAGCAGUGUGGCCUUUGCUGUGGCAUCGGUAGCUGUAAUACACCAGUCCUUGGGGCUGUCCUGCAGCCCAUCACCUGGUCCCCCCAACCUUGGACUAGUCUCCAAGGGCCUCUUGGAGCCCUGUAUACCUUCCCCUGUGACACAGUGCCUGGUGUCUCCUAACAUCUCCAGCUGCCUGGAAGGCGACGUCAGGCUGCGUUCACUCUGGGGCAGUCUUCUUGCCUCUCUGAUCCCCCCACCACUUCCUCCUCCAGAGCCCCCUGCCCCACCCACUCUUUUCCAUAACUGCCCCCUUUGCCAGAAGCUCCAGAGAGAUCCUCCAACCUGCCAUGCUUGCCAACACCCUAACCGAACGGUACCCACUGGGCCUUCCAGCCCCUGGGGCCACACCCAUGGCUUGGCCCCACCUUGGCCCUGGCGCCCUGCGGCCCCCCCAUUCCCUCAACCCCAGCAAUGUUCCCUUUUCAGUGUCAUGGAACUGGCUCGCCUCAAGUCUUUCAUUUUCCCCGGCUAGAUAAGAGUUUUGACUAAUUUGCACUAAGAGGAUCUGGGAGUUCCUUAGAUCUGGAAGAAGGAAGCUUGAUUAGAUCUCUGCUGCCUCUCUGGGUCCUUGGUGUUUCCCUGUCCUCCUGGUAGGAGCUUAAGAGGUUGUGGGCAGAAGGACUGAAGGUCAUGUACUCUCCUAGACCUCAGAGGCUGAUUGGCAGGCCAAGGGCAGUGAUAGUGCCCAGAGCAGCCUCAGUUCAGUGACCGGGGGGGGGGGCCCAUCUCUGUUUCCCAAGGUGCUUACAGACUUGCGUUUGACUGUCCUAGGUUGGAAAGGUAAAGGAAGGAUAUGAGGGAAGCAGGGAGGGGAGGAAGGAAGCUUUGACAUGGGGCCUGUGUGAUGUUCCUGAAGCCAGAGAGCCAGGGACUGACAGUGCCAAGUAGGAGUUGCUGCAGGAAGGGUCUAUGGGGGGACAGAGCUUUCCAUCCCCAUCCCCUGAUGUAGUAAUGGAGCCAGAUACUGGUGGGACCUUCAGCCUUGACCUUUUGUCUUCCAAUCUGUUUCCUGCUCUAAGACUUUCCUCUCUUCUGGUUCCUCUGUAGGUGUUCUCUUCACAGGCCUCUCUGGCCCCUGCUUUGUAUCCGGGUUUUUCACGCUUUUGUAGAACUGAAGUUUCAAUAAACAGUUUCUGUUGCA